AUGAGUGCUGGGGAAGCUGAGGAGACUCAAUCGACCUUUGGAGAUGGCAGUGGGGGACCUGGAGCUCCUACUCCGUUGGCAGUGCUGGAAGGCGUCGCUGGUCUAUCGGCUCGAGAUAUCAAGCUCAUAGUCGAUGGAGGAUUCAAUACUGUGGAGUCCGUGGCAUAUACGCCUCGCAGAGUGCUCGAGCAGAUCAAGGGCAUUUCGGAACAAAAAGCCACCAAGGUCCUGGCCGAAGCAUCCAAACUCGUCCCCAUGGGCUUUACGACGGCAACCGAAAUGCACCAACGCCGCUCCGAGCUCAUCUCGAUCACCACUGGCUCCAAACAACUCGACACCUUGCUCGCUGGUGGCGUCGAAACGGGCUCCGUCACAGAAAUCUUCGGCGAGUUCAGGACUGGAAAAUCCCAAAUCUGCCAUACCCUUGCCGUGACAUGUCAGCUGCCUUUUGAUAUGGGUGGUGGGGAGGGGAAGUGUUUGUAUAUUGAUACUGAAGGAACAUUCAGACCUGUGCGACUUUUGUCCGUGGCGAACAGAUACGGCUUGUCUGGCGAGGAGGUAUUGGACAAUGUCGCCUACGCCCGCGCUUACAACUCCGAUCAUCAACUCCAACUCCUCAACCAAGCCUCAAACAUGAUGUGUGAAACCCGCUUCUCCCUUCUCAUUGUCGACUCCGCAACGUCUCUCUACCGCACCGACUUCUCCGGCCGCGCCGAACUUUCCUCCCGGCAAACACACCUUGCGAAAUUCAUGCGCACACUCCAACGUCUCGCCGACGAAUUCGGCAUCGCCGUCGUCAUCACAAACCAAGUUGUUGCUCAAGUCGACGGCGGACCCAGCGCGAUGUUCAAUCCGGAUCCGAAGAAGCCGAUAGGAGGGAAUAUCAUCGCGCAUGCGUCAACGACGCGGUUGAGUCUCAAGAAGGGAAGGGGGGAGACGAGGAUCUGUAAGAUUUAUGAUAGUCCGUGCCUGCCGGAGAGCGAUUGUCUGUUCGCGAUAAAGGAGGAUGGGAUUGGGGAUCCGAGUCCGAAGGAUUUGGAGAAGGAUUGA